AGCAGCAGCUCAGCCGGGGCGGUGAGAUUUUUAACCUCAUCGGGCAGGGACGGAAGUAAAAGAGCCGGAGGCAGUUCGGGCUCUGCCGCCGAGGCCCGGCCGCGGAAGCGACUGUGCCCGGAAACGAGAGGCCUCGUGAUUGCAGUAAUUGUGCGGGGCGCUGUUGCUUUCGGACCUGGACAGGGGGGAGGCGCCGAGGUUCUCGCUUGCCCCCGCGCCCAGAGCUUCGCCGGAGAAACGCCCGGGUCGACCUGCCUGCACUCGGCCUCCUCGGGGCGGACCCCCGGGGCGCCUAAGGAAGAGCCGCUGUCAACUCUCGAGAGCGCGCGAGGAAGGGAGAAAAAGGGAAGAAGCGAGGCAGCGGGAGGAGGACGAGGGACGGAGCCCGGGAGUGCCAGGACUUGCCCGCUGCGGAGGAGCAAAGCCCGUCAGCGGCGGCGGCGAGCAGGAGAGCGCGCAGGAGCUGGCGGACUAGAGUAAAGGAGGGGGUUCGGGAGACGCCAGAGGCAGGCAGCGGGGCCCUCCUCGAGGACGUGGAAGUGCCCGGCGAGAGCAAGAAGGGCGUCGAGGGGGGAUAUAGUGGCGCCCGAGUCGGCGGGGAGACCGGGCGAGGCGAGGCUCCCGGCUCGAAGAGGCAGGGCGCGUUAGUGAGUCGCCACCAGCUUCGCCCCGCCGCGGCGCGUCCCGCUUAGCUCCUUCCCCAUGUGGUCGGCAGCCGCGGCGGACGCCCCGAGAUGAAGCUGCGGCAGGUCUCGGACUGGAGCGACUUCGUCCGCGGCCGCUGCCUGCGAGAGCUGCUGGAGCAGGGCCGCCCGGGCGAGGCUCCCAGCCGCCUCUUAGCCAGCCCGGACAGGCAGCAUCUGCUUCUGUUGUGGAACCAGCCGGCCUCACAGGCUCGGGUUGUGGCCUUCCAGCGCCUGGGCGCCGACGGGGCUGACCUGGAGAGGAGUUGGCAGCCUCCUCAGCCGCCCGUGGUGGGGUUGCUUUUCCUGGAAAGCCCCGCGACAGCUGUCUCUUGGGUGCUGACGAUCAUCUGGGAGCACGGCAAGACUGAACUCUGGCGAUUUGUGCCCGCAGUGGGGUGGCACUUGCUGCAGAGCCUGGAGCUGUGCCAUGGAGCUCGUGCCAGGGUUGUCUCCAUCUGCAGCUGGGGGGCCCAGCUGGUGUGGUGUGAGGAGAGGCCCCCCUUGGACGCCCAGCUGACACCGGAGAGGAGGGCCUUCAGGUACUGCAUCUGCACUAGACGCCUUCAGAUCGGGGAGCAGGGAGCCCAGCUGAGUCCCUUAAGGAUUGUCUUGCACAACAGCCCUGUGUACCGAGUGCUCGCCUCACCCUCUGGUGUUUUCCUGCUACCCACUCCAGCCACCUUCCCUGGAGUAGCCAAGUUUGUACUCCUCUGGCGUCCUGAAAAUGCUGACAUCAUCAUUGCUGCUCCAUCCCAAGGCUGCAUUUGUACUAAGGCUUUGCUUCCAGGCAGCGAAGUGGACUUCAAGAAGCUGCUCUUGGGCUGUGUGGGACUCUUGGCAUCCAUGGACCCUUUGGAUAUCCAUAGCUGUGUGCUCUCUGGUCGCAGGGGGCUCCUCUUGCUUAGCACGGCAGGAGCUGUAGAGCUGGUACAGCCCGAUGGAGUGUGGAGACCCAUCUUUGACUUUGGGGGAAGUGCCUUGGCCCCAGGGGAGCAGGUCCAGCUGAAGGUUUUUGGGGACACCCUUGCCUGCUUUUUUGGAGGGGCUCUUUAUCUUGUGGACUUGGGCAGCAGGCAGUUGAUAGAAAAGAAAGUCCUGAGCACAGAGGAAGUGCUUUUUUUGGACUUCCAUGCCGAGGAGGAGGAAGUGCAGCUCCUUGGUCCAAAUGGCAUCUACAGCCUUGACUUCUCUGGUACUGACAGGGAAGAGCCCACCCUGGUGGAGAUGGUAUUUGAAGAGGCCUGCAAAUAUUAUCAGCGGCGGAGCCUCAGCAGCUCUCAGCUCACUGUAGAGAAACUGAAAAAGGGAGACAUGUUUCAGGCUCCCAUUGCACUUUCCUCCAUCCUGUGCUAUAGCCUUGCUUCCAAGGAAAAACGUCCCAGGGCCCUCCCAGAGCCUUACGCCAAAUUGCUGGGCACAAUGCAGCUGGAACUGCAGAGCUACCAAAAGCUGGAAUUCCUUAAAUUGUGUGUGGUCGGGGCCUCGGAAAGUGAGGUGGAGAGCUAUGGUGAGGCGCUUGUGGAGCAGGAGCUCGGUCGUCUUCUACACUUGGACUUAAACAAGGAGAACCUGGCCUACCUGAAUGCCAUCUUCAGUUCCUUCCCUGGGGCCUCUUGGAAGGCCAUCCAAAACCACCUGCAGCUGCAACAGAAUGGGGAUGGAGUAUUGGUAGCCAGAGCUACUCCAGAUGUGUGGAAGAAAAUCCUGGGGGGACCAGUGCCCGGCCUCAGCAAGCAAGAGGAGGGGCCUCUAAAUGGGAUGGUUCCACUUUUUGAACUCGUCUGUCUCACGCUGCACCAGUUCAAGCCUAAGUGGCUGCCUCAGUUUGUGGGGCUGUCCCAAGAGUACAUGGGUGCCUCUUGGACUUACAGCAACAAGGAGGGCCCUGAGGGUGCUGUGCCCCUCUACAAAAGGGCACUGGCUGUGCUGCCAAGGAGGAGCAGAGGCUCUCUGGCAGAUGGGGAAAUGGAGAUUGAGCUCCUGCUAUGCAGCCAGCGGCCCAAAGCCAUCCUGCAGGCCAUGGACCUCCUUAUCCAGCAUGGGAGAUGGCAGCGUGUGAUGGAGGCUGCAGAAAAGUUCUCCAUGCUAAGCCCUUUGCUGAACAAAGAGAUCUUCACCAUCCUUUUGAGAGAGUGCUCCCAGCAUAGGGACCUGGACCCUUACUUGGACAAGCUGUGGGAACUCUGCCCUACAAAUCUGAGCGCUUCUGACAUCCUGAGUGUUCUUCAGCAAUACUUGCCCCCAACAGAACUUGAUCCUCCUCCUUUUCUCCCAGGUGGGUCAUCCCAGCUGACUGUUGGCCUGCUGAAGCCCCUGUUGCACAGACUAGCCCAGGGCCCACCUGGCCAGGAUGAAAUCUAUGCUGUCUUACAGAGUCCAACUUUCCCACCACCAACCCCACCCAGGCAAAAGAAAGAUACCCCAAAGGCAGCUGCCCAGGAGGAGUUAACCCCCUUUCAGAACCACACACACCACUCAUUGCGUGAGGUGGUGUGAAGCUUAGAGGUGUGGACAGGCAAAAGGGCAUCCAUAGUAAUUGGGCCUGGUGGGGUCAGGAGCCUUCAACCUGGGUAUCCACUUAGGCCCUGCAUCAGCAAGCUGUCUCUGCCAGAGUGGGAGGUAAAUCCCCAAGUUUAUUGCAUUGCCAGAGGGUUUUUUGGAAGAGUGCAGAGCUUUGUAGCAAGGGUUGGGUGUUUCUGGUGCCUUAAACAAGAGCAGAUAAAGUCACAUAGGAGCUACACUAUUGCUCACACAGUGAGGCUAGCUGAAGAACUGCAGCUGGUGUGUUCCCUUCCAUUUGUGAAUGAUGCUGGUGGGCUUGGGUUUUGUUAAACUUCCUCUACGUUUUGGUAAAAUGCUAGUCUACAUGCAUCUGACAUAUUUGCAUGCGAGCUUAGUGUCACUGGGGAGUUGCCUUGCUUUGACUACCUUAAGGAUGCGCAUCUUGAACUUCCAUCAAUAUGCUUUAGUAGCUACCUUUUAAAGUGCAGGGAUUGCUCCUGGCAAUAUGCCAUCCUGUAUGUUGCCAAGUUUCACUGACCAGUAUUACUUCCCCCUGAGACCAACGUUUUGGAAAGUCCCUGACUGAAAGCAUGUCAUCUGUCUGCUUCUCUGGCUGAUAACCCACAGCUCACUCCUCUGAUGUGUUUAAACAUGCAUUAUUUACCUGCAGCAGGGGAAGCCCCACUGCAAAUGUGUGCACACACCUUUGUCCCCUAGAGUGGUUUUAUCUUUUGCUUUUUAUAAAAAAAGAAAAGUGGAGGUUGUCAAUAGAGGGAGCUCUGCAGUUCCCUGGGGUAGGCCAUGUCCUGUACACUUGCAGAGUAGUGUAACCCUUGCCUCCUGUUUGGGACCCCACGCUGGCUUAAGGCUUAAAUCAAAUGCAUCUCUAUUAUAGAAGAAGAAUGAUGGGGACUUGGAGCAAGACAGUAAUGCUUGUUGGUGUCUUGCGUUUCCUUCAUUCUGCCCUUGGGGACGAGGAAUAUUCUCACCUAAUGAGACUUUCAUCACUGAAGCCGCCUUACAUACAUAGGGCAGGAAGAGUAAAUUUUAGCAUUUCCAGACAGGAGUGGGUUUUUCAUUUUCUUUUUGCAGGUGGGAGAAAACAUUUUAAACCUUAUGAAAUUGCUGAAAUUGCAUUUUUUUAAAAUGCAAAGGUUCCCCAAUAUGGUACAAAGGAGAGAGAUGGCUUAUUGAGUGUAAGCAGCAAGUCACCAAGCAGUUCAGUUUUCAAACUCAAUGGAUGGGUUUGCCAGCCAAAAAUGGGGUGUGGAAGGCUUUAUUACUCACAGAGUUGUCUGGGUUCUUUACGCCUGUUGAAUUGGGUGGGUAAUUUUCUGUAGGCUUAUGACCCUUUGUAAGGCAGGACCCUGCCCUGAGACUGAGCUGCCUGAAUUCCAAGCAGAUCACAUGUAUUCUGCCUCAGCCCAAGCCUGAUGCUGCAGCAGCGCUUUAGCAAUCUGGAUUUUUCCUGUGCAGAGCAAAUACGUGUCUUUGGUGCUGCAGAUUAGCCUUUCCUGGUCUGGGGAAAUGGAUAAGUAGUAGAACACAAGGACAGGUUUGGAUCUUGCCCCCUUCUGUCAGAUAAGGAGGAAAGCCAUACCAAUACUGACCAGUGACCAGUUUGUCAAUACUUGGCAUGCAGAGGUAUAAUUGUGUUACUGGGAGUUGCCUUCCAAAACCACCACAAAUGGAGGACUUGUUCCAAACCUAGUUAAUCCACAUCUGCAAUAUUGUUUACAAGUUUUCUUCAGGCUUUCAGGGAACCCAUAAUAUGCUUCCUCAGCCUGGAGCCAGUUUUUUAAAAAAAGUAAUUAUAAGGAUAAGAAGAGAGUAAAUCAUCUUGUCCUUCAUAGCUGAAAAUUUAAGAGGAAUGUGUGGGUUCUUAUAAAGAGGAGUGGGCUUUCUUUUUCCAAGUGCUGCACAAACAUCCUCUCUGUAAAACCUAAAAAAAAAAAGGUUUUGACAGUGCUGGGAUUCACAAGCUUCCUUUUGAUGGCCCAGUGGGGCCUCUUAGGCAAAAGAUUAAGAGAAACUGCCCGCAUAAUGGUCCUUGGAUGGUAUGUUUGCCCUGCCCAUCCUGAGUAACAUGGCAGAGAAUUUUUUAAUGCUAAUCUUGGCAAGUUUAUUCUGUUUUUAAUAAGAUUCUUGUUUUUGAAUCCUGUGUGCUGUAUGCAGUAUUAAAAGGUAAACAACCUUGAA